AUGGGGCCUAGUGGGCACCAACUACUGCCGAAGUUUUGGCGGGUAGCCAGGUUUGCCUUUGAAAAGGCAUCCCGGGCUGUUCGGACAAGACUGCCUGAGCCGGGCCAAUCGUCUCAUCUACAAUUUCAACCAAUAUACGCACGCAUCCAGCACCGUCAGCCUAUCAAUCGCAUUGCCGCAAUCCGUCAGACUCAAAGCCGCCAUUUCUCUACAGUUCGCGCAUCACGACGCUUUGCUACCGGCUCUAUCCAGUCAUCCAAGAUUCGCACCGCCAUCAGCCGCUUAACGACUCGAACUCCUUUCGCAUCAACAUUAAGGCCAAAUCUCACCGGAGGUACGCUUUGCCGGACCGCCGGUGGGUACGCCGUUGGCGCCGGCCGCAUCGGUGGUGUGAGAUAUUUCUCCAGUUCUCCCACAUGCCCCGCCCAAGUCGUCCAGAAUGUAUCUGCUGGAGUUCGAGCUUUCUGGCUUUCUGGCCAGAGGGCUAGGUUUGAUGGCGUCGAUAACAAGACAGGUCGUAAGCAAUAUAAAAUCGUGACUUCUUUGCAGGAAGAGGCGAAUCGCAAAAUGAAUGCCGUUCCUCGCACCGCCGCCGGUUCUUAUAUUGAUUUCAAGCUAUCCCCUACUAUAACCGCCUUUGGCUGCCUUGACCAGAUGCAGAAGUCUUCCGUUUCUAAGACUUGCGAACAGAUCAACUUGAACACGCCCACUUUGAUGGACUUGCUCUCUGCUGAUUUCGCCCGGGCUUUGAAGGAAUUCGCUGCCGUCCUAAACGAUCUGAAAAAGAUCGCCACAUUGGGCGAUUUGCCGCUAUCUUUGCAUGAUCAGUCGACCAUUCGUGUUCGCUUCCCUGGUUGUGACGCAGAAUCAGUGGAGCGCUUAUGCGUCGAAGUCGGGGUCCAGCGCGGAAUUAUCCACCAAGACCCCGACUUUGAGGCGCACAAUGGCACCGAAAUGGCGCUUUUGUUUCCGUUCGCGCCUAGCCAUCAAGAUUCGGAAGCUGACCUCUUUUAUUUCGACGAUCCCCCUCUUAUCACACCUGACAAGGUCGAUUGGCGCCAGAUGAUGGUUUCCGACCCAACACGGCAUUCUACGGGUGCCAACUGGCGGGAUUAUCAGUAUGUGUCUAGCGUGGAGAAGAACCCUUGGGCUCGGUCGCACUCGGAGUAUUCCAGCGUGAAUAUCAGCGACCUUGGCGACAGAGCCUUUUUCGGUGACAUACCUGAGGCAACGGCUCACAGCGUAUCUGACUGCGGCGGCUUUGAAGGGAUCUACAAAUUCCUUGAGGAGUGUGAUCGAGCGCGGCGGUAACCUGCCGAUACCAGAUUGGUCUUUUUUUUUUUUUUAAAUAAUAUACUCUCUCUUUAAGCGAUUCCCUUUUGGUUCACGAUAUGUUUUUCACAAGAAUUUCGAAUACUAUCCGGGUUUGAUAUACACAGGUACCAAAUAUAGCACAUUUCUAUAGCCAGCCAUUGUAGCUUUGAUAGCGGUUGAACUCUCCACUC